AUGGAAGCGCAGACUUCGUCGGCCCUGCAGCUCACCGCUGUGACUGGAGGCAGCGGGUAUUUGGGGCAAGCUGUGACGCGCCGGCUGCUUGAGCUCGACGUGCCCACUCGCAUCAUCGACACAAAGGUCCCCUCGCCGGACUUGGAAGGUGCGAAGUUCGCCCGAUGCGACAUCCGGGAUCCUGUUAGCGUCGCCGGAGCGCUGCAGGGCGUGCAGACGGUGAUACAUGUGGCAGGUAUCAUUGACAUUCGUCGAUGCUACCACCCUACGGCGAGCCGUGAGGUCAACGUGCAGGGCACGGCCAAUGUCGUUCAGGCCGCUAGAGGUGCCGGAGUGAAGCGCAUGGUCUAUGUCUCGACCUCAAACGUUCUGAUGGAAGAGAAGGAAUGCCUCGAUAUCGAUGAGGAGACAGUCCCGCCGUGCCCAUGCAAUGAGUACAGCCGGACGAAGCUUGAAGCUGAGGCGCUGGUGCUCGCAGAGGUGGCUCGGGAAGAUGGGCUCUUGGUCACCGUGCUCCGUCCCCCAUGGAUCUGGGGUCCCGGGGAGAGCAACUUCUGGGUGGCAGACAACCCGCUGCCUCUGGCCGUCCGCACAGGAUACUGCAAUGGCAUCUACCUCCGUAAUGCCGCGAAUGUGCUGGUGCACGCUGCCGCGCAACUGAGAGAUCGUAAAUCUCCCUCCCAUGGGCAGGCGCUCUUCAUCAAAGACCCGACGAGCAAGUCCAGCAAUGGCUUGCUGCAUUGCCAGCUGCUAUACCGGUGCAAGGUGGCUGGCCGGUCGGUUCCCGAAAACUUUGAUAUCCCCUUUUCAGUAUUGCUGUGGGCCGCUUGGCUGACUGAUCUUUUUUGCAGCAUCGUGUGGCUGGUAUUCAGGGUGCACCUUCAACGGGGUGACGGCUUCACACAGUACGCGAUCUGGGCGGGCUUCGGGCACCACACUUUCUGCGACCGCAGGGCUCGCGAUGUGUUGGGCCACUGGCCGGAGGUCUCCAUGGACCAGGCGAUUCAGGAAACCAGAGCCCACUAUGGGCUGGACAAGCCGAAACGGUCCUGA